CCUCGGUCGAGCUUCGGAAUAAACAGCAAUGGCGAAGACCAAGAUUGCCGUAGUCAUUGCCAUCCUAGCUCUGCUUCAGGUGUCAUGCGCCGCAGCACGGCGGCAUGGCAAGCCAGCGCACGGCGACCACGAUGGCGACGACACCCCUGCUGUGAUGACGGUGAACGGAUUCAAGCGAGGUGAGGACGGCGGCGGCGCAGCAUCGUGUGAUGGCCGUUUCCACAGCGACGACGACCUGAUCGUGGCGUUGUCCUCGCGGUGGUACGCGGGAGGGAAGAGGUGUGGCGAGGCUAUCCGCAUCACAGCGGAGAGCGGGCGCACUGUGAGGGCACGGGUCGUGGACGAGUGCGACUCCCAGGGAGGAUGCCGCAACAACAUCGUGGAUUCCUCCCGCGCUGUUUGGAAGGCGCUCGGGCUCCAUACGAACGUCGGCGAGGUCCACGUCACGUGGUCCGACGCCUGAACAGGCCACUCACCGAGUUGGAUGGCCACCCGCCGACGGGAAACUGGAAACCACAGCGUGCGGUUCUGUCCUACCAACUGUUACCACUACACUCUCCACUUGAUAGUGGAAAGGUCGAUA